AUGUCUGGCAUCAUCAACAAGGUCAAGGACGCCGUCGCCCAUCACGGUGACAAGUCCAAUGACAACGAGCACCACCAGACCGGCACUUCCCACAACUCCAAUGCCUACGACUACGGUCCUCACUCCAGCAAUGUAGCCAACGCUGCUGAUCCCCGCGUGGAUAGCGACCGCUCUGCCCACAACACGUCUUCCACUGGCCAUUCUACUGCUCAGCCUCACUCUGCUACUGGUAUGACCGGUGCUGGUACAACCGGUGCUGGUACGGCUGGCACUGGUAUGGCUGGUGCUGGUACGACUGGUGCUAGCCAUAAUGCCUACGAUUCUAGCCGCUCCUCCAACUACGGCCCUCACGGCAGCAACAUCGCGAACACUGCCGACCCUCGUGUUGACAGCGAUCGUAGCAGCCACGCUGCCUACAACACUACCUCUACUGGCCCUACCUCCACUCUCGCAUCAGGCACUGGUCACAACACCUCUACCCACAACUCGUCUGCACCUCUCGCUACCGGCGCUGGUGCAGGUAUGGCCGGUACUGCCAUGGGCGGUCCUGGCAUCGCCGGUGCAGGCAUGGCAGGUCCUCACCAGGACAUCAACGACUCUAGCCGCUCUUCCAACUACGGUCCUCACAACAGCAACGUAGCCAACGCUGCUGAUCCUCGCAUUGACAGCGACCGAUCUGCCCACCACACCUCGACUACUCCUGCCCACCAUACCUCCACUACUCAUCACUCGGGUGCGCCUGUCGCCGCCAGCGCUGGUAUGGCUGGAGCUGGUGUCGCUGCUGCUCAACAUGACUCCCACCGAUCCUCCAACUAUGCCCCCUACGACAGCAAUGUCGCGAACACCGCCGAUCCCCGCAUUGACAGCCACCACGCCAGCACCGGCGGUGUUUCGAACCCUUCGACGGACUCUUAUGCCACCGGCCCUGCCUCUUCCACUGCCGGACCUCACACGAGCAACCUGGCCAACAAGGCCGACCCCCGUGUCAAUAGUGAUCUGAGCAAGCAAAACACCCACUCCAGCGUUGGCAACGCAGGCGUGAUGCCGAUUUCCGGUGGCAGUGAUAACACUACCACCAAGACCUUCGAGCAGGCCCAGGAGACUAGCGGUGCCGCUGGUAGCAGCUACAACCACCCCGGUUCCACCCACCACAAGAGCACUGCUGGUCCUCACGACAGCAGCGUCGGUAACAAGGUGGAUCCUCGAGUGGACUCUGAUCUUGAUAACUCUGCGACCCUUGGCUCUCAGCGUAUUUAA